AUGAUCAAACGGGUGACAAAUAAUGAUGCGAAUAUCACUGAUCAGUUGGAAGAUGAUGUGUUCGAAAAUGGGAACGAAUUAGAUGCUGAACAAGUUGUGAGUGUGGAACCAACUGCUGUUGAGAGUGUUCAAAAUGAAGAUAUAGUUGUUACUGGAGAUAGCACACGCUGGCAUCAAAUUGCAACAUUUUACAAAGAUAUCACAAUUGACAAGGACUCUUCCGAGUUUAAAAAAUGUAUCUGGAAGAAAAACCAUAUGCAGAAUCAUGCUAGUUGGGUUCAGUUUGGCAGCGAUUCUGAAUUGACAAGAGAAAUAAUGGCACUAGAUACACCUUUCAAAUUUUUUUCUUACUUUGUAAAUGACGAUAUAAUUUCUAAUAUUGUAGGCCAAAGCAAUUUGUACGCAAUUCAAAAGGAUUCAUUGAAACCUCUAAAUACAACGCCAGACGAAAUAAAACGCUUUUUUGGCAUUACAUAUUUUAUGUCCGUCUUCAAGUACCCAAGUAUCAGGACAUAUUGGGGUGAAUUUGGCAUACCGGCUAUUAUGAAUACCAUGACGAGAAAUCGAUAUGACAAGGUACGCCAGUUUUUGCAUCUAAAUGACAACAGUAAGAUGCCACGUCCGUCAGCUCAAGAACCAGCUCCUUCACGUCGACGAGGAUUGCGUCCACAAAACACUGAUUCCUCAAACAUUGAUCGUUUAUAUAAAAUUCGUCCGCUUAUUGAUGCUUUAAAUAGAAACUUUGACUCUGUUCCAAAAAGAAGUCGUUUGUGUGUGGAUGAACAAAUUUGUGCCACAAAAAUUAAGCACUAUUUGAAACAAUACAUGCCAGACAAGCCUCACCCGUGGGGCAAUAAGUUAUUUUUGAUGUGUGACGAUAUGGGAUUCUGCUAUAAUUUUGAAAUUUAUUCUGGCAAUGAAGACCAUGUUUUGGAAAAUGAACCAGAUUUGGGAGCAGCAGCAAAUGUUGUGGUGCGGCUUGCUCGUAGAGUUCCGCGUUUCAAGAACUACAGAAUUUUCUUCGGUAACUAUUACACAACUAUUCCUUUAUUGGCUUAUUUACGCACCCAGGGAAUCUAUGGGCUUGGAACAGUUCGACGUAACCGAAUUCCUGGCAGCAAAUUGCCAGAAAAAUUACCCAAUCGAGGAGACUGCGAAGAAUAUAUGACCAGUAUUCAUGGUAUAGAUAUAACUACUAUAGCAUGGAGGGACAACAAAGUUGUAAAUAUGGCAUCGACUUUGCUUGGCAUCUAG